AUGGCGUUUGGGUCAAAACGUAAGUUAGCAGAUCGGAGUGACAUCCAGGAGGAUGACGGUGAUGAUGUUGAUCUCAUCAAUUCCGAUGAUGAGCGUAAUAGCGUUGAUGAACAAGAUGAAUCUGCCGAGCAUGGUACUGCAAAACCUGCUAAAUCCCUUCUAGAUGAGGUAUUUUUUCUUGAUGCACCUAAAGGGAAGAACUCUGGUGGAUCAAGACCCUGGCGAUGCAAACAUUGUGAUAAGAAGUACACGAGUAGUUAUACAAGAAUUCAUCAGCACUUCUUUGGUGUUGGUCCUGGCAAGACGAAACAAAUUCCUCGCUGCUCUGUCGCAAGUGAUCGCGUCAAGUAUAAGAAAAUAUAUUGUAAGUACUACCAACCUGAGAAAGUACAAGCUUCAGGCUCGGCGCCUAAAAAGCAAUUAGUAGAAGCUUUUGCUGGGGUGGAAAGAGAUGCAGUGGACAUGCAAAUAAUGUUGUUCCUUUGUGCUAAUGGAAUUCCCUUUAAUGUGUUGAGAAGUCCUCAAUACUAUGAAAUGGUAGCAGCCAUCCAGAGAGCACCAAAGGGAUACAAACCUCCUGCAUAUGAGAAGGCUAGGACUACUCUUCUAGAUGCAUGUAAGAGAAAGGUGGAGAAUGAUUUGGCUCCGUAUUCCCAUGGUGUCUCUGUUGUUUCUGACGGAUGGACAAAUAUGAAGAACCAUCCAUUAAUCAACGUAAUAGCAUCGAAUAGCUGUGGUUCAAUGUUUCUGUACGCAGAAGACUUCUCUGGAGAAGAGAAGACGGGUGAAGCCAUUGCACAAUUCUUACUGCAAGCCAUUGAGGAGAUUGGCCCUUCCAAUGUCCUUCAGGUCAUCACUGAUAAUGCAUCUAAUUGUAGAGUUGCGGGUGAAGAAAUUGAGAGUGCAUAA